GUAAAGUUUAGUAUUCCCUCGAGAGUUCGCAGUUGGGGAAGAAAAGUGCGUAAGAAGGUACGUAUAUGUCUCUAUUAAUCCUCUUAAUAAGCGAAAGUACUGAAUUUUGUUGUUUAUCCUCCUCGCCUCCAAGGAGCCUAGCGAUCUGGCCUAGGCUGCAUAUGAGUUCUGAUUCUAGGCCUCUAACCUAGUCAUUUAAAGUCAGGGCCUUCAUGAAUUUGCCUAGGCCUAUACCCACGUGCACGGCCAUACUCUUGACUCGUUUAUAUAGGCCUUCUAGGUCUCAGAUGGGGACGUAAUGAUGAAACUGUUCAAUAAUCAGAUCACAGUGUUGUUUGCGCCAAAGUAGUUUUUCGAGGCAUAAAGCAAUAUAUUUUAAGAACUACUACUAGCUAGGCCUAGCCUAGGUACUGUAGGACGUCUCUAACGGCUAGGUAAUUAGAUCUAAGCUUGUAUAGGCAAGGCCUAAGCCUACCUCAUAUUAUCACAUAGGCCCUAGGCCUAGGAGGGAACAUUCUUAUUGAUAUAUAAUGAGGAAUUUAGUAUUCUUCUGUCUGAUUUAAAAAAAAUUGUAAUACUGGCAUGGUAGAUGCAUCCUGACAAUGAUGUUUUUUCAGUUUCGAAAACAGUGUUACUCGCUCUCGAUCGUAUUUUCCCAAACUCGCUAGGCCUAGCCUGGGCCUAGAUUAUAACUAGAAUCCAUAAAAACAGACGUGGUAUCCCUUUAGUCAGGACAUACAACCAGCUCAUUGUGUAGAAAUAUACUACUGUAUAGAAAAACAGAUCUGAUGAGGAUAUAAUAAUGCCUUCAUUUUAUCUAAAAAAAUGUGUUAAAAAAACACCAUAGCACUGAAACUGCACUGAUUUGUGUAAGGGCACAUAUAAAAAAUUAUUAGAUUAUCAUUCUUUUUGUAACAAAAAUUGAUGAGGAAGGGGAGUUUUUUUUAUUUUUUUUUAAUCGGAACAAUAGAUUAAUUCGCUUUUGUUUUCAUUGAUGAGGGAGGGUCUGUUCAUAUUUGGUCUGUAAUAGUAAUUAUUGUGCAAAAAUUGGUUUAAUUUUAUAGUUUUUUAAAACCCAUUCAGUCCCAAAAGUGCUUUAGGCGCUUUCUAAUUAUCAUCAUCAAUUAAUUAAUUAAAUGUAUUACAUGUCAUAUAAAUGUCAAUAAAAUUUAUCGUCCUGUGUAUUUUUGACACCUUUUUAAAAAGAAAUAAAUCACUGCGGGACAAAAAACUAAAUUGAGGCAAUUAAAGUCAAAAGGCUCAAAAGAUACUGUAGGACUAUCAUUUAGAUUUUUUGGCAUGCUCUGUCCCAUUUUUAAUUAAUUUGUGACCUUAGGUCACAGUGGAACUAUAGGGAUAAUACAGCAGAUGUGAAAUGUGUGUGUGAGAUGUAUGUGCAGAACAUGUUUUUAAACAAAUGGGCUCAUAAACGUCACCUCGCGGAGGGUACUGUAUAAAGUGUUUGAUUUUAGAAUUUAGAAAUUCAGAAUUUUACGAAAGGGAAGCAAACUUGCAUCUCUCAUUCAAAUUUGCCACAACUUCUUGUGUAGUCAAAAUGUGAUCCGAACACAGGUUUUAACAUAAUAUUCAUAGAUGUACAGUAUAUGUCACUCAUUACAGAUAACUAUGGAAACUGACAGCGAUACUGAUACUCUCAUUAUAUCUGAUAUUGAACAAGCAUGUCUGUGAAUUUUGCCGAACAUAAAAAAGGAGACAAAGGAAAAACUUUUGAUGAAACUAGAUGAGCUCGGUGUAAUAUAUGAGCAGGAUCUUUCGCUAGUCCCAGAGAAUAACAUUCAAGACAUUCUAAAGCCCAUAGAUUUGCGGAAGUGGCAUAGAUUUUUUGAAAUGUAAGAUAUAUUGUAGAUGUAUGGAUAAGGCGUGUUUAUUCUGAUUAUGCGUAUGCUCAGAAUCUAUGAUGAGGUUGACUUGUUUUAAAAAAUAAAUUCGGGGCACUUGUAAUUACAAAGUGCUUCCUAUUUACGAAACAUUUUCAUGCACAUUGUACAGAUUGCAAUUGAUGUCUGUGAUCAAAAGUUGCGAACUGAUAAAAAAAAAAUGUCACUCGCAUUUAUAACUGACGUUGUUCAGACAAUAUACUGUAUUAUUCAACUAUAAUGUCUAAUCAUUAAAAUUAUUAUCAACCUCUAACCUUUGGAAGAAACUAUUUAAAAAAAUUAAUGCUUUUUAAAAGUUUUGAUGCUAUUUUAACAAUUAUAUCUUAUGUAAUUACAUGACACAUAAAUGUGUUGAUUUAGUAACAAGAUACAUAUACACAAAUUAUGUGCCCCAAAACUAAAAUUAACUGUUUACAUUUUGUGCAGGUUUAAAUUGUUAGACUUAUAAUUAUAGUUUGUUGCAAUUCAUCAGAUUUAGUCCUGAAUGUUCUUUCAAUCAACCACUUAAUUAGGGUAUUAAUAAAAACAUGAUGAGAUGUUAUAAAAUGUUAUUACAGCCCGAGAGGAUACCUCCUCCAUCUAUCUAUCUCCUGUAACAUUUGGACGAAGUACUCCAGGAACUUCAUCAAGUCCCAUUUCAAGUCUGGAAGAUUCAUCCAGUUUUGGUGGAAAUUCAAGUCAUGAAGAGUCAUCUUUGCCAUCACUUCCAGGUACACAACAGUUCUAAGUAAAUGUCCUCAUUUGAAAUUGAAUUUGUUUUAAAUUAUCAAGUAUUUUUGUCUCAGUCAUAACAUGGCCACUUUCUGAGCCCAGCAUGCCAAACCUGGCUCAAAAAGCCCUUAAAUGACUUGUUAGAAAGGUACAUGGCCUUUAAUAGGAUAUGACUAGGAUUAUAUCUUUCAGAUUUGUUACCUGGGGGAAAUGUGGGACAAUAACUUGAUUGUACAUUUAGAGGGUCGUGCUUCCAAAUUGAUUUUUAGUGGCCAUGUGUAACUUUGCAUGAUUGCAACUGUAGGAUGAGAGUUUACCAGCAUGGUGUUUGUGUGAAAUGUUAUGUGGUGUAGUGUAGUAAUAAUUGUUGUUUUUAUGCGGGGGAUUUUAAUAUAGACCUAAACUAUUUUAUAUUGAUGUUUAUAGACCAAGGCAGGCUGUCACUUGGAAGCAAAGGCAUUUCAAUGGAUGACAGUGGAGGCAAUCUUGGCGAUGUGAACUGGAACAAAGUACCAAACAGAGUCAAAAAGUAUCUGCAGAAAGGUACACGACUUCCUCCAUCAGAAAGAAAAGAGCUAGUAAGAUUUAUAGUUGAUGAAUGUAUUUAUGACAAUAAACCUUACCCACGCACUUCUCAACUAAGAAUAGUGGCAGCAAAAGCUGUUAGCAAAUAUCCGAAAUCUUUGUUGGAUGUGUGCGACGGAGACACAGUAGGAACCGGUUAUGACAGUUUGUUAAACCAGUUAGUCAAUCGUGUUGACAAUAUUAGCAGACCUAAGUCGCAGGUAUCAUUGAAAGUGCAUGUGCAGCUGAAGGAUGGUAAGCAAUUUAAACGUAAACUAAUGGAUAGUUACGGAUGCGCAAGAUGGCAACCAGAUGGUUUGCCAGAAGGACAAACAGAAGCCACUCAAAAGGAUAUUAUGGAAAAGUUACAGGAUAAGUUCACGAAAAAUGAGAAUGGAGAUGACGUGGAAACUGACAUGAUGUUGACCUAUGCAACCCAACGCAGACAUAUUAACAGCAGAGACCAUCUCUUGAGUGACACAUUAGUGAAAUGGCCCUACCUAUUCCAAGAGCAGUUUCUAAUUCUCCACUGCAACUACCUGCUGGACUUCAAUAUUAUGGAAAAAAUGAAGAUGGCCUAUGCAAAUAAAGUCCCCAAACUACUUAGAUAUUUUGAAGACCAACCCAAAGAAGUAGUUAAAGAGAUAGAGUUAGCAAAGAAAAAGAGAGAAGACAACACACCAGAAAUUAUAGGUCUUCUGACUUGUUUAGGUGCCUACUUUGAAGAGGAAAUUGAACAAGUGAUACUGACCAUGCCCACUGAUCAGGAGAGCCUCUGACAGCUUGCGUCUUCUCUCUGUCAAUUGAAAAACAGGUCACCACCAAAGUUCAUAAUCCUUUGGCAGCUGUAUGUAUUUUGUUUGGCGCAUACUAUGUUUUCAAUCUGAAUUAUCUGUUAGCUAGCCACACAGUAUUGGAAUUCAUACAGAGGUUAGAAAUUUAUUGUUCUCUUUACAAUUUCCAUUUUUUGGGUUUUUAAUUUUUUUUUUUUUUUUUUUUUUUCAAAUUUCUUUAAAAUAUUUGCGAACUUACAGUAAUUUUUUAGAAGCUUAACAAAUUAAAAAAUUUCCGAAAGAUACAAAUUGUUUCUCCAAAAAUAAAUAAAAUCAGGAAAAUUUAUUGCUCGAAGUACAUGCAGGUCUCCCUCCAAUUAAAUAUCACUUCUGGGACUGGGGUUUCCAUCGUCUUUAGCAGUUUUGGCGCCAGGACUUGCCCGAUGGAGGGGCUAAAGGCCCUGACGGGGGAGGGGGGGUGGCUAGUGGAGUGAAUUGAGUCUCACUUGAGUGGGGGGCCAGGGGGCCGCCUAGGGCCCCCGGCCCUAGGCGGCCAAGAGUUCAAGAGUUUGAACCUUAUUCUUCCAAAUAUAUUCUAACAUACUUUUAAUUGGUUAAAACUGUUUAUCUUCGCAGAGUUAUGCUUGGGAUCAACCCCGAGAAAGGAUCCAAGAAGUCCAGGACAGCUAGAGGCAAAAAACCAGCAAUAAGUCCAAAGAUCUUACAGCUUACCAACGCAUGAGUGAGUUUUGGAUCACUAAAUAUUGUAAAAGAAGCAAGAUUAUAUACUCCAUCUGUCUUUGCUGCCAGCCAUUACAACCUUUAGAUGGAAGGUUAGUUGUCACCAUUGACAAAAAAUUGAUAAUUAUAUGAUUUGUUUGUAGCUCUCAAUCAGCAAUAUAAUAGUGUGUUGCAGUUCUUUUUUUAAACUUGUUUAAACUAUGAUUCAAAAAGGUGAUAAUUUGAUAAUUAGCAAUUGCUGGUUUGAAUUAUGAGGAAUCACGGACAUGGUUUUGAUAGUUAAGUUACCCGUUUAGGGUGUGAUAUGCAGGAAGCCUAAUGUGUGUCAAAUUUGAUCUGCAGGGUGCACUCGCGUGCUAAAAUUAUCCUUGUGAGUAUGGUUUUCACAUCUAUUGAAUAUUCAUGGUUGUCAUAGCAGCAUCUCAGACAGUAUAAUAAAGUGAUAGUAAACAGCCUGCUGUUGACAUAAAAUUGAUAAUUACAGUGUACAGGUAUUUAAAGUCAGGCUCUGGAGGAAAAACAUUUUUUGUUUUGUUGUAGAACUGAUUUUUCUAAGACAGAAAAAUGUAGUUUGAUCAAAAGCUGAGCAACGGUGAAUGAAAUGCAGAUUUUUGAAUAUUUCAAAACUGGGCGAAAAAGAUGUGUAAAAUGGGCGGUUAUGCCCCUUUUUCCCCCAGUUUUUAAAUAUUAAAAAAUCUGUAUAUCAUUCACCUUUGCUCAGUUUUUGAUCAAACUACUUUUUUCUGUCUUAGAAAAAUCAAUUCUACAACAUAUCAAACAUUUUUUUUUUCUUCGGAGCCUGACUUUAAGCUAAAUACAUGUAUUGGUAUUCCAUAAGUAGCAUUGAAAGGUCUAAAGCUUUAGCUUUAAUUACCAUGUUUGUUUAACAGUAGGCUAGCAAAUUUUCUGUACUAUUACUGAUUGAAACUUGUGUUUUUGCUAUGUUUACCAGUAGGCCAGCUAAUUUACUAUUACAGAUUAAAAAUUGUUAGAACUAUGAUAAAAAAUAGAAAAAGUUGAUAAUCAGCAAUUACAGUAUUUGAAUUAAAGGAAUCACAGAUGUGGUUUUGAUAGUAAAGUGAUCCGGUAUUUGCAAAUGAUAUUUAACAAGCAAGUAGAGUGAUUAAAUGAUAAUUACAGUGAUAUAAGCAGGUUAAAUAAUACUCAAAUUUACUGUACUAUUUCUGAUUGAAACUUGUGUUUUUGCUAUGUUUACCAAUAGGCCAGCUAAUUUACUAUUACAGAUUAAAAAUUGUUAGAACUAUGAUAAAAAAUGGGAAAACUUGAUAAUCAGCAAUUACAGUACAGUAUUUGAAUUAUAGGAAUCACAGAUGUGGUUUUGAUAGUAAAGUGAUCCGGUAUUUGCAAAUGAUAUUUAACAAGCAAGUAAAGUGAUUAAAUGAUAAUUACAGUGAUAUAAGCAGGUUAAAUAAUACUCAAAUUUACUGUACUAUUUCUGAUUGAAACUUGUGUUUUUGCUAUGUUUACCAAUAGGCCAGCUAAUUUAUUAUUACAGAUUAAAAAUUGUUAAAACUAUGAUAAAAAAAAGGGUAUAAAAACUUGAUAAUUAGCAAUUACAGUAUUUGAAUUAAAGGAAUCACAGACGUGGUUUUGAUAGUAAAGUGAUCCGGUUUUGCAAAUGAUAGUUAACAAGCAAGUAGAGUGAUUAAAUGAUAAUUACAGUGUUAUAAAGCAGGUUAAAUAAUACUCAAAUUUACUGUACUAUUUCUGAUUGAAACUUGUGUUUUUGCUAUGUUUACCAAUAGGCCAGCUAAUUUAUUAUUACAGAUUAAAAAUUGUUAAAACUAUGAUAAAAAAAAAAGGGUAUAAAAACUUGAUAAUUAGCAAUUACAGUAUUUGAAUUAAAGGAAUCACAGACGUGGUUUUGAUAGUAAAGUGAUCCGGUUUUGCAAAUGAUAGUUAACAAGCAAGUAGAGUGAUUAAAUGAUAAUUACAGUGUUAUAAGCAGGUUAAAUAAUACUCAAAUUUACUGUACUAUUUCUGAUUGAAACUUGUGUUUUUGCUAUGUUUACCAAUAGGCCAGCUAAUUUAUUAUUACAGAUUAAAAAUUGUUAAAACUAUGAUAAAAAAAAAGGGUAUAAAAACUUGAUAAUUAGCAAUUACAGUAUUUGAAUUAAAGGAAUCACAGACGUGGUUUUGAUAGUAAAGUGAUCCGGUUUUGCAAAUGAUAGUUAACAAGCAAGUAGAGUGUUUAAAUGAUAAUUACAGUGUUAUAAGCAGGUUAAAUAAUUCAAAAAAUUUAAAUACUCAGUAUUUAUUGUAUGCAAAUUUUAUAGUUUUGUAAAGAGUUAUAUAUGUUGAAUAAGAUUUACAGAUUUGGUUUUACUGUAUCUUAAAUUCGACAAUCGUCGACAGUAAUUCACCAUAUUUUUACAGAAAUUCAUUAUUAACGAUACCUGUGAUUCUACAUGUUAACAGUUGACCGACAUUCUGAUUGACAGUAUUUUUACGGUUUUCAGAAAUUAUUAAUAACGUCGCCUGUGAUUCUACAUUACGAUUAACAGUAAUUUGACAGUAUUUUUUACAGGAAUUUAACUACUAACGUCAUCUGUGAUCCUACCGGCAUUCAGAUUGACAGUAAUUUCCCGUUUUUUUACGGAAUUUCAUUGUUAACGGUACCUGUGAUUUUACAUAACGUUUGACAGCGGCACUCAUAUUGACAGUAAUUUGACGGUAUUUUUACAUUUGACGGUAUGUUUACAUGGAAUUUUUCUAACAACGUUACCUGUGAUUCUACGUUACAGUUGACGACCGGCAUUCAGAUUGACAGUAAUUUACUGUAUUUUUACAUAAAUUUACUUUUAACGGUAAAUGUGAUUCUACAUUACGGUUGACUACCGGUAUUUAAAUCAACAGUAAUUUACCGUAGUUCUACAUAAAUUUACUUUUAACGGUAAAUGUGAUUUUACAUUACGGUAGACGACUGGCGUCCUGGUUGCCAGUAUUUUGAUGGUAUUUUUACAGGAAUUUAUUAUUUACGGUAAAUGUAAUUAUACAUUACGGUAGACGACUGGCGUCCUGGUUGCCAGUAUUUUGACGGUAUUUUUACAGGAAUUUAUUACUUACGGUAAAUGUAAUUAUACAUUACGGUAGACGACUGGCGUCCUGGUUGCCAGUAUUUUGACGGUAUUUCUACAGGAAUUUAUUAUUUACGGUAAAUGUAAUUAUACAUUACGGUAGACAACUGGCGUCCUGGUUGCCAAUAUUUUGACGGUAUUUUUACAGGAAAAUUUCUAACAGUGCACUUACACAGGAAGGCGGACGGAGUGGCUCGUUCGAUACGAACGAGCCAACGAAUGGUGCGAUCUGCACGUGUUCCGAUUCAAAUUCCGAUUCUUGCCUGAGAUUGCGGAGAGAACGAAAGCACAACUUUAUGUGAAUAAACUGAACAGAGGAGUCGAAAAUUUAUCGACAAAAAAAGCCAAAAAGGAAAAAGAUCAGGACAAGAAAGUUAUGGAAGAAAGCACAAAAACAACGAUCGACAUGCUGCACGCGAAAAAGAACAACAGUAUACACCGUUAUCUUAAAGACGAUGGACUUGACGUUGGGGGGAGGGGAGGGGAAAACAAAAGACGACAGCAAUCGUCCAACGAAGAGAUCGCAAACCGGAACGACGAAUUUUUUUUUUUCAAAGGGAGGCAACGUGUUCGAAUUCCGACUUUGGUUUCGAACGUGGAGAAAAGAAUACAGACUGGGAAAGACCGACGCUCGACGACAAAUGGAAACUCUACAGAAGAUAGAGUCCAAUAGUAUUAUACCGCUGUAUAAAAAAAAACAGUGGAUUGUGACAGGUGAAAAAACGACA